AUGCGCGACUUCACUGCUAGUCUCCCACCUGAGGUGCAGCGCACCAUCCUCAGCUAUCUGGUUCCAAAUGUGGCGCUGCAGCAUGCGCGCUUGGUGAAUAAGCAAUGGAGUGCUGUGGCGGCUACCUUGCUCUGGCAUCAGCUGCAUGUAGACCUCCAUCUCUACCAUGCUGACCGGCCUCGUUUCAACGCCCUGCUUAAUUCGAGUCCGAACGGCAUUCUGGAUAAUGUCAAGAAACUCGGAAUUUCCAGCAGUCUGACGACAUCUAACCCCCUUCAGACCCAACAGACCACCUCCAUUCUGCUCAAACUGCUCAGCGCACUUCCCCGGGACAACCUAUCGUCUUUACAUAGCGAAACACUUCCCGUCCACCCGGACGUCAUCUGCGUUCUACUGAGGACACAAUCGCAGUUGCGCGAAUUGUCGAUUCCAACAGACGAGGACAGCUCUGAUGGCCUUCCUGGAGGUGCUUAUGCUCGAAACAACCUGUCGCAUUUGGAGAAGAUUACAGUUGAUGUGAGUGGAGCUAGCCAGCAGACGUACCGCGGCGUGUGCGCCUGGUUCGCCUAUGCACCCAAGCUACAUGAGGUGAGCAUCAAGGGAAGGCACCAUAAUGAUCCAGCAUUCAAUCGGUUCGGUGGAUGGGCUGCGUCGGCCCAGCCACACUUGGUGAAGCUUCGUCGUCUUGCUGUUCGCGAUAUCUGUUUCAUGGGUACGCCUUACAGGAUCGUCCAGCAUCUCGAUCUACCGUCUUUGGAGUAUCUCAGUCUCAGAGAGUGUUUCAAUGCUGGGCCAUUUCUGCUGUCACUUGCUCAGAAGUUCAAGCAAUCAGACGAACCUGUCCUCAGGAACUUCUCCCAUUGCCAAGUGUCCAUGUCUGAAGACGUCCAAGAAGCCUCUGCAGAGCUCAUUGGGUCUGUCAACAGUCUUACACAUCUCAAUAUUGGGCUUAUGGAGGGUGGUCUGAUGGACUUGGAAUGUCUUAAAAUGAGCGGCAGAUCUUUGAUACACCUGCAUCUCCUUUGCAUGGAUGUGGAAUUUCCGUACUAUUCGGCCGUGGACCUGGUGCAAUUGAGACUUCUCUGCCCCAAGCUAGAACAUCUCAGUAUAGACAUUGGUGAUCUGAACUCUUUCUUCGACGAUGUGGGACUGAACGAGCCUUUCCGCUUGGCUGAACACACAGGGUACAUGAAGAAGCUGGAAGUCAUUGCCCAAUACGCCAACCUGGUUUCGCUUUCCAUUACAGACCCUGCUCUUCUGGAUGGUGAAUACUCCGCAAACGAGCGUCGAUUGAUAUACACCGAAGUCGCCAGUCAGCUCUUCCAGGAACUGGCUGAGCAUGGCUCACAUCUUCAGCGUCUUCACUUCAGCUCCAGAUUGUAUGAAAGUAUGGAGGCUGAAGCGGAUGAAGACGGACACACCUGGCCUCGGUAUGCUUUCGAGCGUGGCAAUGUAUCAGUCACGAGAUACGGACAGCAGGUUACCGUCAAGACACUUGCAGUGCCUGCUCCACAGGACGUCCGGGGGCUGACAUGCGGUGCAGGGUGGGAGGCCGUCUAA